GUGUCCGGUGCUGAAUGAAAUGGCAUUCAUGAUGAAGAAGAAGAAGUAUAAAUUCUCCGUGGAGGUCGGUCUCGAGGAGCUGACCGCUGUACCUUUCGUCAGUGCUGUACUCUUCGCCAAACUCAGACUCUUGGAUGGUUCCUUUACGGAUCACUCCACAAGACCCUCACCGUCGUUGAAGCAAACCCAGUUAGCGGUGCCCGGAGUCCCUGGGAUUCCUGGAGUAACGGCCGACGAAGUUAGUUCGGCUGAUAGAUGUAGUAAUCGGGAGGAUUACGUUUCGACUGGUUCCUUAGCAGGUAGUAUAGCCAGUGCCAGCAGCGGAUUCGGUAGUCUUCCUAAGAAGAGGCCGGCACUCUUCUCUUCGGAACUUCUAAGCGGGACGGAAUUGUACGAUCCCAUGACGCCGAGCGAGGUGAUUCCUUCAGCUCCUCCUGCAGAAACUUUAACGGAGACUCAACCAGAGUCUGGACACUCGAGAAAUAGCAGUAAUACAAGCCAGCUCAGUAAAGGAUCCGGAUAUGGAUCAUUAAACUCCCACAGCCAGCACAGUAGGCAAAGUAGUAGUGGUGACAGUGGUCACAUUAGGUCACCUUCUUGGCCGAUUUGGGCUCCACGCCUUCCGACCCUCUCCCAAACUCAAAGUUACGAAGCCAGCAAUGUCGAGUCUCCCAAUGAUCCCACAUCACCCACGUCUUCCUCCUUAGCUCUCGUGGAUUCGCCUAAUCAGUUUUGGCCCUCUUCGAGUCCUCUCUCUUCAAAGAAGCGGGAGGAUCGCAAAUUGCAGCGCCAAUCGAAAGUAGCGGCUGUUAUCGGGACGUCUAUUUCGAACACUAAGCUUUCUGAUGAGAAAGCUAAAGUCCGAAAUGGUCUUGUCGUAAUUCAUAACGCGACGAAUAAUAAUCACACGGGUGGAAUUUUUAAGGUACCAGGUGCCCAGGAUGUUCCGCGCCAUUCGUUUAGGAAACAUGAAAAAAACAAUUUGGACUCGCGAGAUGAACGAAAUAAAAACGGACAAAAAACAGUAUCAAAGCCAAAAAUUAGCCAAACGAGUUGGCGCGGUUUUUCAAAGACAUGUGAUUGUAUUGAAAAAGGAAAUACGAGUCCGGUUUUAAGAUUGGCUGAUCAGGCUAGAGCUGUUUCCUCUCCUGGUCCUCUUCACAGACCCGAUAAUCCUAGAGCCUCGACACUCUCCGCGACCACGACUCAGACCCUCAGGGGCAUUGGCGGAGGUCAUCGGAAGUUGCUAGACGGGGCGGGGGGCAAGUUGGCCACAGUAGCCACCAGCCCAGACUCCGAGGAGUCUUCGUUAGGAGUGCCGGAAGCCGCGACUGCGAAUGCACAGCAUCGAAACAGCAUUACCCCACCGAACCCAUCAGCUGGUUCAGGCCUUAGUGAAACUGGGUCUUUGGACCGCGCUAAGGCGGCGCUGGAACGCCGGAAAAAGGCUGAAGAUGGCACGGGAAAUCCUGCCAUGUGCAGAGUUGAAGUCACGAGACCUAAUCCUGAUUCUUUAAUAGACGAAUUGCUAAAAGCAACCAAUCUUGAACAAUCGGUUCUAGAGAGCAAUGAAACAUCUGGUCUGCAGUUAUUCAUAGCAAAGGACGGCACGACGGCGCUAGGAAGUCAUGAAGUUAAGAGCCAGAUGCCAGCAGGGGUUUUCAAACAGGUGGUAAUGGAGGAAAACAACAGGUAACACGAAGUUACCAUGUCACGUCGACAUUAUCCAAGACAAACCUCCUCUACGUUCUCGCUAGCGCUGGUGCCUGAGCUCGUUUACGAAACUUGCGAGCCUCGGUAGUAACGAUGAGACGGUAGACUCAGGGGAAAAAGUCAACCUUAGGUUUAGGAGACUUCGACUCGAAUACGCCAACUACUUCUUAUUUAGACGCGCCCAUACGGUGUUUAGCUUUUUUCGACCUGGUCUCGCUUUCGGCCUCUGAAAUGUGUUUCAUGCAAAAGCGCAUUUAUUAGUUGUAUUAAGUAUUAGGUGAAUUAAGUAGCUGUCUAUUAGUUCGCAUUCAGAAUGGUGGACCACUAAUAUUUUGACAUUCGUUUUAACUAAAAAUUGUUUAAGAAAAUACUUAAGACCAAUGAUUUAAGUUUGAGAUACAAUUUAAGUUGAAUUGUUUUAAACUUAGGUUUUAAAAAUCUACCAUAAAUUUUCUAGUUAAAAAGUUUUUAAGUUUAAAAUACUUUAACUUUUAAUUGCUAAUUCAAUUAAAAUAAUGUUGCGAAUUUAGAGAUUAGUAUCGAGAAGUGAGAUCCAGAGCGAAUCGUUUAACAUUUCACAACGAAGCUCCGUCGACGCUGCUUACUUCGAGCGCAGCGAAAAAGGCUCGUAAUUUCACAACUAAUAAAAUGGCGUACGUAGCCAAGAGUCACUUUACUCCUAAGUCAAGACGUGUUACGAGGGAUAAAGAAAGUAUUACGAAGCAUGUAAAUACAAGGAAAAUCAGACAAGUCUGCUUUAAAAGAAAAUAAGUCAAGCGAUGGACUUGCGCAAAAACGCAUAGGUAUACAUAUUUUCUUCCACGAAGUCGAAGCACAAGAAGUUUUGUCAUGCUUCAAAAACAGGAGCAUUAGUCAAUAAUUAGUCGAAACAUUAAACUGUCAACGAGAGGAUAUUAGUUAUUAAAUAAAUUAACGAAUCAUGACGUGGUCAGAUGCGAAGAACGUUAUAAACGUUAGCUACCGUCGAUGCUGCAAAUGCACCAACGCAAUUCUUUCCUGUCAAAACAAUUACUUCUCAUAUUUCUGGUUUUUUCUCGAUUUAUUCUCUUACUGCGAUUUCUUCUCUCCUCCUACAAUCUACAUUGCCAUUUCCCUAACUUUCCACCUCAAACCAAUGCACGCACCGAUUAUCUUUCCAUUUUCAAACGUCCAAAGCUCAUGAGCACAUUUUCGGAUUUCAUUGCUGUUUAUGCUCAAAUCCCAAUACUUCGAAGAACCGCGGGAUAGUCUUUACUGAGUUUGGGAUGAUUAUGCGCAGAAAAAUAGGUAGAAUAACUUUGCAAGUUCGGGAAAGAAGUGUGUGUUCAAAAAAGGGAGUACAUCAAGGUUUUACAUUUUUAUGACGAUAAAGUGAAAGCUUUUGAAACAUUUGCAUACGAAUUUCCAGUAUUUUUCAACAAUUAGUAUUCUAAAGAAAUUUAGGGCUUUUCAAAAGUCUUUCAUUGCGAUGUAGUUAAAGUAACUUUAAUGUUACUACAAGUAGAAAAAAAGUGGCCGCUGAAAAGAUAACCCGGAAAAUAAACAGGGCUUUUUUGACUAUGAAAAACCAAUGAGUUAAUUUAUUUUUUGAUCUUAAAGUCUAAAAAAGUUAGUAGAAACCCCUAUAUUGGAAUUCAUAUUCAAUUCUUUCUGGUUUAUUCGAAUUUUUCUGUAUUUACUUAAUUCAACUGAAUUAAGGAAAUUUUUGUUAAGUCUUUGGAUUAUUUUGAAUUCAGAAGAUUUUUGUAAAAUGCUUUUCAAUUUUUGCGAAUUCUUUUGAAUUUCCAUAAUGCUUUAAAUUCUUCUGGAUUUCUUUGAAUUAUUUUCAAGUUUUUUCAAUUGACUUAAUUUCUUCUGAUUCAUUUAAACUGUUUCAAUUCUCAGGAUUCGUUUGAUUCCACGUGAACUCUUUUGAAUUUAUUUUUAUUCUACUGAAUUAAAUUGAAAUUUUUUAAUCCUUCCGAAAAUGGAUUUUUUUUAAAUUUUCGAGCCACGCCCGCUUUCCUUUUCCAGCACACACAUUUUUUGCUCCUGAAUUCGCUUGAAAUAUUUAGAAUUAAA